GAAACCUGGAAAUCCCAACCGCCGUACAAAUCCCACGCUUCUUUCCGCGCGCUGUACUCGGGCCGCUGUCACUGCGGCCUCGUGCAAUAUGAAAUCAGCAGCGCUCAACCUCUCGACGCGAAAUUCUGCCAUUGUCGAACGUGUCAAGUUCUCCACGGAGCCCCAUUCCAAUGGGCAGCCAUCUUCCAAAAGCCAGACGUGAAUUUUCCUCACGGCACGCAAAAUCUCAAGUUUUACAACAGCGCGUUGCAGACCGAGACCCAUGAGCUGCCGUGUAAGGUGUCGUGCGCGUAUUGUCGAGCGCCCAUCAUGGACGAGGGGAGGAAUAUGAUAUUGCUGUUUCCGAGCUUGGUUAGGUUUGCGGGGGAGGAGGAGAGGAGGAGGUUUGGCGCUAGGUGCCAUAUGUUUUAUGAGCAGAGAGUGGUGGAUGUUCCGGAUGGAUUGCCAAAGUGGGCGGGCAUGUCGGGGGCAAGUGAGUUGAUUGCGGAUAGUCCGCCUGAAGCGGUU